AUGAGAGAGCUACCCUUCUGUAAAACCAAAAUGCACCAACAAACCUUCUGUGAUCAACACAGGCACUAUAGGUAACCCCACCACCUAAAAACAAACUACUAUAAAAAGCCUUGAAGAAAGAGUUGGCUCUCUCAAGUCUCAACUCUUUAUUUUCUCUUCAGAGUUCAGAGACCUCAACACUCCAAUCUAAGUAUUUCUAUAUAUAGGUAGGUUAAAGAUGUGGCAUCUUCUAGCUGCAGUGACAAGGAACCUUCACAACACAAGAAAGAGCUCUAAGGUGGCAGAUGAGAACAUGUUCCAACAAGGGAACACUGUUGAGAUGUUUGGACAUGAAAGGGGAAGAAGACAACAUGGCUGGGGGCUUGUGUUGAGCAUUCUUCAAGCUCCCAUGUCAAUGCUUUCAUGUGUCUCCCAUCCUCAGGUUAAUGGGCCUGAUGGGGUUUGGGUAACUGGUGGUGAAUUUUCACAGAUUUCUGAAAUGAAUUAUCUCAUGGUAAGUGACAGCAUGAGAUAUGCAAUUUUGAUGUAGAAAAUGUGAAUAACAAUUGCAUGCUCGGGCCUAGCUAGAUUCCUCUCUUGUCCUCAUUUUUCUUCUCUCUUCUCUGUUUACACUUGGUGAUUGAAUGGAUCUGUAAAAUUUAUCACCACUCUUUGGUGAAUUGGUGUUUAUGUGAAAAAAGAAAUUCGUUUGUAUUGUCUGAUACAAGAUGCCAAGCAGGGAGCAGGCGUGGAGAAAUGUCAAAGAAGAAUAAAGUUGUUUUCAUUUUAA